AUGAACAGCUUCGAUGACUUUGACAACACCUCGUCCUCGUCGCCUGCAGGGCGGUUUUUUGUGAUGCUGGGAAGGAGAUAUCAAGGCUUCCUCGAUCUGUGGACUCCUCACGUCACGUACCGAUGGGUUGCCACGUCGUUGAUGCUGCUCUUCUUUCUCUUUCGAGUCUUAUACUAUCAGGGAUGGUACAUUGUCGCCUACGCCCUCGGCAUCUACUAUUUAAAUAUGCUCAUUGCCUUUCUCACGCCGAAGAUUGAUCCAGCCAUAUAUGAUUUUGAAGACGAGGACGGCCCCUCUUUACCGACGGCGAAUAACGAGGAAUUUCGUCCCUUCAUUCGCCGCCUGCCGGAGUUUAAAUUCUGGCACUCAUCCACUAAAGCCACCCUGAUCGCAGUGGUGUGCACCUUCUUUGAGUUCUGCAAUAUUCCCGUCUUCUGGCCGAUUCUCCUGCUCUACUUUAUCACCUUGUUUCUCAUCACAAUGAAACGGCAGAUUAGACACAUGAUCAAAUACCGCUACCUGCCAUGGACCCAUGGCAAGACUCGUUACCAAGGCAAAGAAGACAGUGGCAAAGUCUAUACAAA